AUGUUUAUGUUUUUGGUGUGGUUAAGGUGUGGAUUUGGACAGAAACAUCUGGCGUGGUUAUUUGGACUUGGCAAAUCAACCAUUUCCCGGUACUUGAUCACCUGGUCAAAUUACUUGUACUUCUGUUUGGGAAAUAUUCCCAUAUGGCCUUCUAAAGAUCAGAUUGUUUCAUCCAUGCCAAUAUGUUUUAAGGACACUUAUCCCUCAACAAGAUGUAUCAUUGACUGUACAGAAAUCUUUGUACAAGUGCCUUCUAGCCUAACUACACAGAGUGCCCUUUACUCACACUAUAAGCACCAUGUAACAUACAAAGCUUUAGUGGGCAUCAGUCCUUCUGGAGCUAUAACUUUUGUGAGUCAGUUGUACCCUGGAUCGCUGUCAGAUAAGGAAAUAGUUUCCAGGUGUGGUAUACUACACCCAGAACUUUGGGAGAAAGGGGAUUCAAUUAUGGCAGACAGAGGAUUUACAAUCCAGGAAUUACUUGACCCUCUAGGAGUUAAGUUAAACAUACCUGCAUUUCUUGAUGGCAAAGAGCAGCUUGACAAAGAAGAUGUUGUAUUUAGUAAAACAAUCGCCUCUGUUAGAAUCCAUGUAGAACGCAUUAUUGCUCGCAUUAAGAAAUUUAAAGUCUUAAAGACUGAAAUUCCACUAAAUAUGAAUGGGACCAUAAACCAAAUAUGGAAAGUGGCUUGUCUUCUAUGUAACUUUAUUGACCCGCUUGUUAAGCAAUAA